GCCUCACUUCUCCAGCGAUCGGACAUUUCCUCUCCGAAGAAAAUUGGAAACCCUAGCAGAGCUCCAGCCGUGCUCGCGAUUGGAACCUCCCCUGAGAGCUCUUCAACACCUUAGCCCAGGUUUUGAAUCAGAUAGUGUGCGAACUGCCGGCUGAACAUCCUCUUGCUGAGAGCAGGCCACUGCACAAACUUCUCGGCCAUACCCUCUUCAGGUCGCGCCACUACUGGUCGAGAAAGUCCUCCUGGGCGGCGGUUUGAAUGAGAAACGAAGUUGCAAGAGAUGUCCACGCCUCCUGAGAAGUCUUGGCAGCAAGAAGAGUCACGCCAAUUUCCUCUGUAACUGAGUUUUGAUUAUUAUGUUCGUUCGUCGGCUUUCAAGAGUUGCAACCCAGAUUGCUCGUGAGCUUUCAAGAGGCAAAUGUACAUCAAUAGUCAGAAGAGGCUAUUUACAAAGACCGUCCACCCAAUUUGUGCAAAGUCAGUUUCAACAGGAGGUGGAGACUAAGUUGUACUGUGAUAGCAUAAUACAGAAACAUCACCUUUAUUCUACCUCGGCUUCUGACAAUGCUAAUGAGGAUAGGGUUGAACAGAAAGAGAAGAUAUCUGUUACCUUUGUCGACAAGGAUGGAGAAGAAAAGCAUAUUAAGGUCCCUAUUGGAAUGUCAAUGUUAGAAGCUGCUCAUGAAAAUGAUAUAGAACUCGAAGGAGCUUGUGAAGGUUCACUUGCCUGUUCAACAUGUCACGUGAUUGUGAUGGACAUGCAAUACUAUAAUAAGUUGGAGGACCCAACCGAUGAAGAAAAUGACAUGUUGGAUCUGGCUUUUGGGCUGACAGAUACGUCCCGUCUGGGGUGUCAAGUAAUUGCUACACCUGAGCUUGAUGGAAUUCGCCUGGCUAUUCCUGCUGCGACCCGAAAUUUUGCUGUUGAUGGGUAUGUACCUAAACCACAUUAACACGAGAGGCAAGACAAUGUAAAGUGCUUGCUGAGUGUAAAGGAUGUUCUCAUCCCAGUUUUGUAGUUCUGGUACUUUAAUCGACCAUAGCACUUAACUAUUUGUUCUGAGAGCAUUGCUAAUGUCGAUUUAAGAUCCAAUUGCGGAUAUCACUGCAGAAAAUAAUUUGUUGUUACUGAUGAUAUAGAUGUAAAAGAAAUAUCAUUUAAUUGAUGGGAAAAUCAUUGGAAUAAAUCUUUAUCUUGGACGUGAACA